UCGUAUUCGCAAAGUCUGAGGGACUGCAGCCAUUUGGAGUACUUCUGACAUUGCAGUUUGCUGGAAGUCGUUCCGCACUGUGAUCGCCACAAGACGUGUGAUCGCUUUCUUGUGACAAUGGUGAAAGUUGUUUCUGUGCGUACGGCUCUCGUUGGAAAUGAACACCCCAGCUGGGGAAAGGACGAUAAUAUGCAGCCGACAUAUCUGCUCUUCAUGCGUGCCUUUAGGGGACCAUGACGUUUGGGGAGGAAGGCAACGAGCAGGCCCGAGUCUAUGACCUCCAAGAAUGCCAGAAGAUCCUGGACAUUUUCAAGUCACACGGACAUGACGAGCUGGACUCGGCGAGGAUGUACGCGGACGGUACGACCGAGAAGUACUUGAAAAGGCUCAAUAUCGAGGCUCAAGGCUUCAAAGUUGCAACGAAGAACUUUCCAAGUGCUCGCUUCCAGAAGUUGCUCGACGCUCUAGAAGCCAAACAGAUCCCACUGUAUUACCUCCACGCUCCUGACCGAGAGACACCUUUUGAUGAUACAGUGCAGGCGCUGAAAAAGGAGCACGAGCAGGGUCACUAUGACCGUCUCGGUAUCUCCAACUUUACAGCUGCAGAGGUGGCGAAUUUCUGCGACGCCUGCAAGAAGCACGAUCUUCCCCCGCCUUCGGUCUAUCAGGGCCUUUACAAUGCCAUUUGCAGAUCAGCUGAUCCGGAGCUGCUCACUGAGCUUCGGAAGCAGAACAUGUCUUACUACAUUUACAACCCACUUGGCGGCGGCUUCUUCGUUGGCCACCUGAGUAAUGAGAGCCCAGUCGAGGCGGGAAGCCGUUUCGAUCCCAAGCGUGGCCAAGGACAGGCAUACCGCGCGCGGUACUGGAACGACGCAUACUUCAAUGCUUUGGAGAAGCUCAAGCCCAUCUGCGCAGCAAACAAUCACCACAAUGCCCUGUCGAAUGAGAAAGGUGAUGCGAUCAUAAUUGGCGACAGCAGCACCAAUCACAUCGAUCAGAAUCUGAAGGAUCUCGAAGGCCCACCACUGCCUACGCCAGUCAUUGACGCGCUCGACCAUGCGUGGAUGAGCGUCAAAGCUGUUGGUGCGGCGCCACGUUACCACUUCUGA